UAUGAGGCCCGGUGGGUUUCCUGUGUUGUCUCGACACGACGACCACGUGGGAUUAUUUUCAAGAUGGCGGAAAAAGCAAAAGUUGUCCGUGAUAGUAAACUGCAAAGAAAACAGGUCGAGAUUGCAGUUCCUUCGUUACUCUCUCAUAUUAAGCAGAAGCAGUCCGAAAAGCCAAGCUUAAUGGGAGAUCAACAAGCGAUAUGGGUUCUUGUAGCACUUAAAAAGAUCCCUGCGCCGGACAAGAAACCAAAAAGAAUACCUUUAAGCAGCAGUCUACACUCAGAAGACUCCGAAGUCUGCCUCAUAACUAAACUGGAGGGAUCGAAAGCAAAGGAAUUGCUUAAAUCUAAAGACAUAACCUCUGUGAAAAAGGUUAUUAGCUUGACAAAGCUUAGGAAGAAUUAUCGAUCAUUUGAAUCCAAAAGGCAACUGUCAAGUUUGUAUGACAUAUUUCUGUGUGAUGAUGCUAUCUAUCAUUUAUUACCACGCGUAUUGGGGAAAGCUUUCUUUGCCAAGAAAAAGUUUCCUCUGCCUGUGAAUUUGAAGAAAACUAAUCUACAAGGGGAGAUAAAUAAAGCUCUUCAAAGCACAUAUAUCUCACUCGGCCAUGGAUCCUGCAGUGCUAUGAAAGUUGGUCACACAGGACAGGAGAAGAAGGAGGUUAUCUCAAAUAUUGUAGAAGCAGUAUCUGGAUUGGCAAAGAUAAUCCCUCGUGGUUGGAAUAAUAUUCAGUCUCUGAACAUUAAAACCUCCAACUCCAUCUCUCUACCCAUUUACAACUCAUUACCUGAAAGACCUGUUGGUAUCUCAGAUGAGACACCCAAGAAAAAGAAAAAGACAAAGAAAGAGGAUUCUUCAGAUGAUGAUGAAUAAUGUGAAACGGAAUAAAAUGUUUGCAGUACGAUAGCUAAAACUGAUACAGGGGAAAUACAUAUGUAAGAAUUUUGAUUUUAAUUCUUAAAAAACACCGAAUUGAAAAGCUUAUUUACAUACAGCUGUGGUUUGACCAGGAUUUGUCUUUGGGGACAUGCAGAAGAUAAAAGUAUAAUAUCUGCUGAUCACUCACUUUUUAACAGUCAGAGGGAUGGGCACUCCUUGGAAGCCCCUCCCUACCUAGGCACUUGUACAUAAUGCUAAAGGAGAUUGUCAAGUUGACCCACUGUGCUAAAUCUUCAUUGAAUGUACAAAGAUUGUCAGAGGGCCCCAAAUCCAACCAAUUUUUUGUGGUUAAAGGGGGUCAUUGACAAAUACUAGCCUAGCCUACUAGACUUCAAAUGAAGUAGCUACAUAGUAAUCCCCCUACAAAAUGUUAACUCUGAAAAUAUGAGACAAAUUCAUUUGCACAUUUCUGCAGAAACUGAAGCCCUCUUUCCUACCACAUUCAUACAAUUUUUAUUUAAAAAAUGAAUACAUAGCAAUGUGACGGUUCUGGGUUUGAAAUGAUAUAAAGAAGUUUGCUCCUCAUUUGCUAUUCAUAAGAAAGGUAGCUGCCACUUUGGACGUUUUAGUUUGUCAUUUUUGACAUGUGAAAUAAACAUGAUUACUCCAUCGUCCUUUUACCAGCUAA